CCCUAAAACCCCAAAACCCCUAAAACCCCUAACAUAAACAAAGCAACACCCUUUCCUUCCAAAACUGCAAAAACCCUUUGACAUGUCCUCCUCCUCCAUUCCAAUCCGCCACCUCCGCCGCCUGUCCACCACCGCCGCUCAAUCGUCCAUCUCCAUUUCCAAGGCCAAGUCAAAGCUCCGGUCAGAACACGACCCGGACAAGGCCCUGGAAAUCUACUCCUCAGUCUCCGAGCACUACUCAUCUCCCACCUCUUCUCGCUAUGCUCAGGACCUCGCCGUCCGCCGCCUCGCCAAGUCCCACCGCUUCGCCGACAUCGAGUCCUUCAUCGAGUCCCACAAAAACGACCCCAAAAUCAAACAAGAGCCGUACCUGUCCACCCUCAUCCGAUCCUACGGCCGAGCAGGCAUGUUCGAGCACGCCUUGAAAACCUAUGACCAAAUGGACCAGUUGGGUACUCCGAGAUCGGCCAUUUCUUUCAAUUCUUUGCUUACUGCUUGCAAUCUUUCAAAACAGUUUGAUAAAGUCCCUCAAUUUUUCGCUGAAAUUCCGAGCAAGUAUGGUGUGUCUCCUGAUAAAGUGUCGUACGGGAUUCUGAUCAAGUCGUUUUGCGAAGCUGGGAAGCCGGAGAAGGCCAUUGAGACGGUGCGGAUGAUGGAGGAGAAGGGCAUUGAGGUAACUGCGGUGACAUUUACAACUAUAUUCAAUGCUUUGUAUAAGAAAGGAAAUGGUGAAGAGGCUGACAAGUUGUGGAAUGAGAUGGUGGAGAAGGGUUGUGAGGUUGAUGUUGCGGCGUAUAAUGUGAAGAUUAUGUAUGCUCAUGUCAAUGGGAGCCCCGAAGAUGUGAAGGCUUUGAUUGAUGAAAUCAUUGGCGCCGGGUUGAAGCCGGAUGCUAUUAGCUACAAUUACUUGAUGACUUGUUAUUGCAGGUGUGGGAUGAUGGAGGAAGCCGAGAAGGUUUACAGGGGGUUGGAGGUGAAUAAGCUUAAUCCUAAUGCGGCCACUUUCAGGACUUUGGUGUUUUAUCUCUGUAAGAAUGAGUAUUUUGAGAAGGCGUACAGGGUUUUCAAGAAGAGUGUGGAGAUGCAUAAGAUACCGGAUUUUAAUACUUUGAAGUUUUUGGCGGAGGGAUUGAUGAAGAAAAAUAUGAGGAAGGAGGCCAAGGGGUUGAUUCGGACAGUUAAGAAGAAGUUUCCUCCUAAUGUUGUGAAUGCCUGGAAGAGGGUGGAGGAGGGUCUUGGUUUGGUCCCUGAAGAACUCGAUGCUUCUUGUGUCCCUCAUGAUGAUGGUGAAGAGGUUACACCAUCAACAACAGGGAUUGGUGGAGAGAACCAAGGAUCUGUAAAUAGAAAGCAGUGGAAGAAGCCCAAGGCUAAGAAGUGGUUUCCUCCUAAUGCUGGGAAUGACCGGAAGAAAGUGAGUACUGUUACUUCUUCGGUCCCUGGUGAUAGUGCUAAAGAGGCUACAGGAUAGGUAUGGAUGGAGUUCUGAUUGGUUGGUCUUGAAUUGACUAUGUUGAUUACUUCAUCUGCCCACCCAGACUGAGCUGAUCUGAUUGAAGUCUUAACAAGGAUGCCUGUUGGUGAUGAAGCAAGUUGGAAGCCAUUUGGAAUUAUAAUGCUGUGAAAGCUCCAAUUUUGGAUUUAGUAUGUUAGUUUUCUUCACUCUACUUGUUUGUCUAUGUGCACUAGCAAGACUCGGGCAGUUGAGUACUAUUUAUGUCUUCUUGUUCUUGCUGUCUGAAUGGUAGUUUACAUUGUAGGGUCCUUGAAACUCUUGCUGUGAAAAUCUAGUUGAGUUUGUCCUACCAUCUAUUGGUGUCAAUUCAGUGGUUUUGUUGGAGAAGAGUAGAGCAUAUGUAUAUGAAUUGCAA